AUAAAAUUAUGACUGUAUAGCCGAAGUACUCAUUGCCUUUCUAGUGGACGAAUUAUUCGAACAACAAUGUCAAAUGCCAAAUUAUGAAAAUUUGAGUCCGCUGUGCAAUUCUAGGCUUCGAAAACUUAUUGGUACCUACUUUUUUUCUAUUGUGGAACACGCUUUACCAUUAAUUUAGACAUUUAUCUCAUAACUAAUGGAUGAAUCACUAGAAGCAGAGCUAUCGUUCGCAGAAAAUGCUCAACCGGCACAACCCAUGGAGACUAGUCAGACGGACAACACUUUAGCUCAACCUGGAACUGUUGUUCCCGGCGGGAAACCAGAAGAAUUUUCUGUGGAGAAAAUACUUGACAGAAGGGUUAAAAACGGGAAAGUCGAAUAUCUGUUAAAGUGGAAAGGGUACUCUAAUGAAGACAACACUUGGGAACCAGAAGACAACCUUGACUGUCCUGAGCUGAUAUCAGCAUAUGAAGAAGCAAGAAUGAAAAAAGAGAGAGAAGCUGCGCAAGUUGUACCUGAUAUAUCAGAAGAAAACUUAGCAACCAGGAAAAGAUCUAAAAGAGGAUCCAAAAAGAAAAUUGAGGAAAUUGAAAAGCCUAGAGGUCUUGCCCGUGGCUUGGAACCUGAGAAGAUUUUGGCUGGCCAGCUAUUCCAUGGUACACUAUUUUUCUUGGUGAAAUGGCAGAAUUGUCUUGAAAUGGAUGUUGUACCAGGACACAAUUUAGGCGAAGCAUUUCCGGAAUUUGUUAUUGAUUACUAUGAGAAAUGUGCACCUUUCAGUGUUAGACAUAAGGACAUGAAAGUUUUUAGAGAAGCACCUGAGUUACCUUCAGACGAUCCAACUCAGCCUGAAAUGGAAACUUCUACCAAAGUGGCUGAAGACACAUUAACUAACAGUGAAGCAGUUGAAUCGCGAGUAGAACCUCCGUCUUCUGUGCCAGUUGCUGAGACGGCGUCUCCAACCUUAGAAGUGCCUGUCAACUGAACUAAAUAAAACCGACCACGACUGCCCGAUAACAUUACUUUUCAGUUAGAACAAUCCAGAAAUAAUUGUAUGUAUUUUGUAUUUUUUUAAUACGCUUUUAUUAGCUUCAGACGUAUGUAUGUGUUUGUAACGGAAUCUUUGAACAUGAUUUUGACCCCCUUCAAAAUGUCGGAUUAAGUCGAAAUUUGGUAUACUUAUUAAGGACCGAUGACAAUUAAAGAUUUAAAAAAAAAUUGAAAAAAAAAGUUGAUAAAAUUGAAAUUCAACUAAAAAAAAAGAAGUUAAAGAAAAAAUGGUUUUAUUGUAUGAAAAGCGUGGGGUGCUUUUCAGGAUAUUAUUAAAAAUAUAUAUAUUUAUAACUACUUAUACCACGCACCCCAUGCUUUUUUUUACAAUAAAAUCAUUUUUUCUUACACUGUUUCUAAUUCAAAUUUAUUUACUAUUUUUUAGUUGGAGUUUCUAUAAAAGCGUAUUUUGUUAUUUUUUUUAAACUAUUAUUUAUUUUUGUCUUAAGUAAGGUAUGUUGUCAUCAUCGCUCAUGAUCAAUACUGCCACUACCCAUUGCGAUUUAAACAUAUAAUAUUUUCUGCUAUUUAAUACUGUAUUGUUUUAACUAAAAUAAUAUGUUUGUGGCUAUUGUGAAGUAAACAUAAAUUAAUGUUUAAAAUUUUGAUAAUUGUGUAAAUAGAAAUACAAGUUUAUAAUAAUUAUUUUUUAUAUCAAAGUCUUAUGUAAUGUUUAAAUGAGUAUAGUAAUUUUGUGUAUACUGUUUCGACAUAAGGUAUUGGUGUUAAGGAAUAGUGUAAGCACAAACUGGUGAUUGGUAUAUAAAUCUCUGAUAACGAAUUAAACUAAUGAGUCAUAUGAGAACAAGUUUAUAUAGACAAGCAGAAAAUCCUUGUAUAGUACUAGAUACUACCAGGCGACAUCAGACUUGAGGUCUGUGUUACAACUAUAGACUGGCUAAGUGGAGGGAAUAGUUUUCUUUUGCUUUUAAGCGAAUUGACGAUGAAAAAAUUAACUGUGUAUUAUGUCCCCCUAUCUACCUUUAUAUGGAGGACAUGGUACUAGUUCAUCAUUUACACGUCCGAUAAACUUUAAAUUUGAAAUAGAUUUUAAAUUUAGAUUUAGAUUAUAAAUUUAAAUUUGAUAUAGAAGUUCCAAUCUCCCAAUUGAGGCCGUUAGCGCAAAAGUGGCCUAAGCUUAUCAUAGUUAGUAUGGAGACAAUUAGGUUUGAAUUUUCAUGAAUUUGAUUAUGAGUAAGCAAAACAACAAUCCGCGCAAAAACAUUGUUUACAAAGCUAUGUGUUAUGUAUGGAUGAAAGUAUGGAUAGGCCGCUUUUGCAUUCAAAUUAAUUAUAUUUAAAAAAAUCCGAUAUACGUCAUAUAAGCUUAAAUAUAAAAAAAUGUGGGUUAGGCCACUUUUGCGCUGAUGGCCUCAAUUGGUUUUUGUUUACUAACGUAAACGUAAUGGACAACGGGAGCCAGCAGUUGCCAUGGUAACCAUUUACUGACCAGACAUCAACACUAUAGUAACACUUAUAGUAACCAUAGACAAUGCGUUGUAUAUAAGAACUAUUUAUUCCAGAAAAGGCAGUAUUUCAUUCUUUCUGAUGAACGAAUUGCAGUGAGUCAAAUUAGUGGCAACGUAUCGUUUACUUCUAAAAAAAACGACUAUACUAAAUAAACUAUAUAAAGAACUAUAUAUAAAAACUAUAUAGUUUAGACUAUAUAAAGAAAUACUAAUAGAAUCGCUUACAAUCUUCUGAGAAGGAAUGUCAAUUUGUAUCAGUCUACAGUAAUAAAUAAAUAUAUAAACUUAAUUUUAACGCUAUUACAUUAUUUCCAUGUGACAUCUGUUUUUUAAUAGAAUGGUUGUCAAAUCUUUUGCCGAACUCCGGACAUCGGAAUAUUGCGUAUUCUAACGCGUUCCUUUGAAAAAAAGAAGAAAUUUCCAAAAAAAAAAAUUUUUGGUUUUGUGUAUUGUUAUAUUUAGGAUUAUAAGGCUGAAGGAAUCUUCACUACAAAAUGUGAUAUAUUGACUACAGCUAAUCGCAAAGUGUGUUCUGAUGAAAAUGUAUGUUUUGUUAUUCAAAUUUACUGUGACACGAUUACUGUUCGCAUAAAAACCCUUAAUCGGAGUUAGUAAGAAAAUAUUUCUCUCCAUUUAGCAAUUAGCACGUUUUUACUGUAAAUUUAUAUAUCAAAAUAUUCCAUAAAAACAGUGAAUCGAUUCUCGGAUUCCAGAACGCAAUUUUUACGUAUCAGUAUGGUCUGAAAAUAAUUCGUAUUGUGAAAACAUGUUUUUGUGGUAAGACGAAUAAUAAAUAAACAAAAGUAGUAA